CGCAGCGCCCCCGGCCCGAUGGAGGCCCCGCCGUGGGACCCCCUCCGCAACGACUCGCUGCCGCCCACACUGACCCCGGCCGUGCCCCCCUACGUGAAGCUCGGCCUCACUGUCGUCUACACCGUGUUCUACUCGCUGCUCUUCUUGUUCAUCUACGCGCAGCUCUGGCUGGUGCUGCGCUACCGCCACAAGCGGCUCAGCUACCAGAGCGUCUUCCUCUUCCUCUGCCUCUUCUGGGCCUCCCUGCGGACUGUCCUCUUCUCCUUCUACUUCAAAGACUUUGUGGCGGCCAACGCGCUCAGCCCCUUCGUCUUCUGGCUGCUCUACUGCUUCCCCGUGUGCCUCCAGUUCUUCACCCUGACGCUGAUGAACUUGUAUUUCACGCAGGUGAUUUUUAAAGCCAAGUCAAAAUAUUCUCCAGAAUUACUCAAAUACCGGUUGCCCCUCUACCUGGCCUCGCUCUUCAUCAGCCUCGUUUUCCUGUUGGUGAACCUAACCUGUGCGGUGCUGGUCAAGACGGGCACCUGGGAGAGGAAAGUGAUCGUGUCCGUGCGCGUGGCCGUCAACGACACGCUCUUUGUGCUCUGCGCUGUCUCCCUGUCCAUCUGCCUCUACAAAAUCUCCAAGAUGUCCUUGGCCAACAUUUACUUGGAGUCUAAGGGCUCCUCCGUGUGUCAGGUGACCGCCAUCGGCGUGACCGUCAUCCUGCUCUACACCUCUCGGGCCUGCUACAACCUGUUCAUCUUGUCGUUCUCUCAGAGCAAGAAUGUCCAUUCCUUUGAUUACGACUGGUACAAUGUGUCAGACCAGGCGGAUUUGAAGAAUCAGCUGGGAGAUGCCGGAUACAUAGUGUUUGGAGUGGUCCUCUUUGUGUGGGAACUCUUACCCACCACCUUAGUAGUCUACUUCUUCCGAGUCAGAAAUUCUACGAAGGACCUGACAAACCCUGGAAUGGUCCCCAGCCAUGGAUUCGGUCCCAGAUCUUACUUCUUUGACAACCCUCGAAGAUAUGACAGUGAUGAUGACCUUGCCUGGAACAUUGCCCCUCAGGGACUUCAGGGAAGUUUUGCUCCAGACUACUACGACUGGGGACAACAAACAGCGAACAGCUUCCUGGCGCAAGUAGGAACUUUACAACCAGACUCAAUUCUGGAUCCUGACAAACCAAGCCAUGGGUAGCGUCAGUUAACAGUUGUACGGAAGAUAUGCCUCAGUUGAAACGUUUAAGAAAGACUAACUUAAUGACAGCUGAAUUUCUAGGGCAUGUUUCCUUCAGAAAUAGGACUUGAAUUUGUUACAGGUUUCUGAUGGCUCUAUAGGACUAAGCAAUAAUUUAGAUUGAUAAAAUCUUAUUUUAGUACUAAAAAGUGAG